UCAAUUAUUUAUUAUCAUUAACUAUGAUGAAAUUAUUUGGUCUGGCAUAUAACAAAACCAUGAUUUCAUUAGAAAACACUUGACCAAAAAACUGGGUUCAAUUUCAGGAUUCUCUCACCAAAAGGACCAAUAAAGAUGACGUGGCAAAAUACUAUCAUGCGCUUCUUUUUCUUCUUUUGUUGAUAAAAAGUAGCAGCAAAUGAGUAAAAUUGGAGUUGAUACCAAAACCCACUAACAAUUUCUGUCUUUUUGUUUCUCUCUCUAUCUCUCUCUCUCUCUCUCUCUCUCUCUCUCUCUGGUUGUGUUACCUUUGCUGAAGAAAUGAACGAACCCCAAUUUCUUCACAGAUCUGACGAUCGCCAUCCCUACGCUUACAAAACCAAAUCCAGGAGCGGCCGUACUAAUUUAGCUUCGUGCGUGGUGGCCACCGUGUUCCUGCUCGCCGUCGCCGUCGCCGCAGUCGCCGUCUACUUCUUCCUCUUCAAGCCCAAACCUCCUGUAAUCGCCGUCAACGCCGUCCAGUUCCCGACAUUCUCCGUCACAAACGGCACCGUCGACUUCGAGUUCUUCCAGUACGUCACCGUGACGAACCCUAACCGCGACGAGUUCUCGCACUACGACAGCUCGCUGCAGCUGGUCUACUCCGGCGAACCGGUCGGGACCGUCUUCAUCCCCGCCGGGAGAAUCGGAGGCGGCGCCAGGCAGAAAAUGUCCGCGAAGUUCGAUUUGCAGAAGUACCCCCUGCCGGCGCCGGAGAGAGCCGCGAUCGGCGGCGUAAAUGACGGAUCGACCGUCGGCGGCGUGGCGCCGGCGGACACGAUGGAGAUAGAGACGCGGAUGAAGCUGGUGGGGAGGGUUAGGGUGCUGAAGGUGUUCAUGCACCGAGUGGAGACUAGAGUCAAGUGCGGGGUGUCGAUUGAGGUCACGCGCGGUACUGUUUUGGGUUUCCGAUGCUGAUACCGUCAUAAUGACGUUGCUCAUUAAUUAAUCAACGCCUUAGUUAAUUUUCUAAUGAAAAUAGAUUGUGUAUAUAAAUUUUCAAGUCCGAUUUAAGAGAUUGUUAAAGCGCACGGAAAAAAAAAAAAUUUAAUUACUACGUGCCAUUUCAAUCUGUACAAGUGUUGUUCUUUGCACUUGAUUUAAGGAAUAUAUUUCAAUGUAAUGAUACUACUAGUUUCACCAAAAAUGAUUGACCAAGAA